GGGAAGGAACCACACCCUGACAGGAGCUGGGAGGCUGAAUCUGGUGCAAGGAAGAAAGCUUUAGAAACAGGCCUCUAUCACCUCUCCUAACUCCUUACUCCUCAGCCCCAGGAUGCUGUCCUCUCCCUGUAUGAUGGCGUGCUCACGGACCUGCUCCCGCAUCCUGGGGCUGAGCCUCGGGACUUCAGCCCUGUUUGCUGCUGGGGCCAACGCAGUUCUCCUUUUUCCUAACUGGGAUGUGACUUACCUGUUGAGGGGCCUCAUCGGCAAGCAUGCCAUGUUGGGCUCUGGGCUCUGGGGAGGAGGUCUCAUGGUGCUCACCGCGGCGACUCUCAUCUCCAUGACGGGCUGGAGAUAUAGCUGCUUCAGUAAGAGUGCACCCUGUCGGAAUAUGCUCAUUGCUCUGUUGUCCAGUGGCCUGGCUUUGCUUGGAGCCUUGGUCUGUUUUAUCACUUCUGGAGUAGCCUUAAAAGAUGGUCCCUUUUGCAUGUUUGACAUUUCAUCCUUCAAUCAGACACAAGCUUGGAAAUAUGGCUACCCCUUCAAAGACCUGCAUAGCAAGAAUUAUUUGUAUGACCAUUCACUGUGGAACUCUGUCUGCCUGGAGCCCUCUAAAGCUGUGGUUUGGCACGUGGCCUUCUUCUCCGCCCUCCUGUGUAUGAGCCUCCUCCAACUUCUCCUGGUGCUCAUCCAUCUCAUCAACAGCUUCCUCAGCCUGUUCUGCAGCUUCUGUGAGAAGUAAUGGGUAACGGACGUGCUCUCAUGAAUUGGUGUUCUCGUCAUAAGCUGCCUCCAACCCUUUCUGCAAGAAGAGAAUAUGAAUCCCUUUUAGGGAUUCCUGUAGGUUGAUAGGACACUUCCUCGCAUGUAGGGGGAAUUAUGCCAUGCACUUAAAAUAGAAUUGUGUGCUUUAAGAUGACACGGUAACAGAAUGAGUAACAAAGUCAUUACUGGUGUAUAGGGAGGGGACUUAGAAUUCAUAAAAUGACCUUAUUUCAGCCUCUUUGCAACCUCAUAAAAGCUGGCUUCAUGUCAGAGAUAGGGAAGUUGAGGCUCCCAGAAAACACGACUGCUACCCCUAAGCACACAAUUAGGUGAUCCCUAACUUCUAAAUUCAAGUUUACCAGUUGUAAUGUAUGAAAAAUUUCCUCAAAAUUCAUAGGUUGACGCCCUAAUCACCAAUGUUACUAUACUGGAGACAAUGUUUUUUAACAUGAUCAUCAAGGUUAAAUGAAGUCAUUAGGGGAAAUCCUGAUCCAAUAGAAUUGGCAUCCUUAAAAGAAGAGGAAGAGGGGGGCUGGAGAGAUGGCUCAGCGGUUAAGAGCACUGACUGCUCUU